UGCACAGUUACUGCUGCAGUUACACAUAGUUUUUAUAGACAAAGGUGAUUGUGUACUUCAUUUACAAGUGUAGCAACUUUUCAUUGCCUGGUGCUGUUGUGCAGUUGUAGACAAUGUAUAUCACAUGGUUUUCAUUGCCUUUCUGUUCUCCCUUUGGCUUCGCAGGUUCCUUGUCUUCAGCAUCCCAUGAGCAGUACCAUUUACUUGUGUCCGUACAAGGCGGACUGCAUUCCUGUCGUCAGUGCAGCUAUCUAACCAAGCAAAAGGGACACAUGCAAAGACACCUUUGCAAACAUACGGGCGAGCGUCGCUUCCAGUGCGACCUGUGUCCAGCUGCAUUCUCUGAGAACGCUCAUCUUAAAAUGCACAUUCGCACCCACACAGGAGAGCGUCCCUUUUGCUGUGACCACUGCAGUGCAUCUUUUUCGUCUAAAAGUAACCUUGUGUGCCACAUGCGCAUCCACACUGGGAAGCGUCCCUUUUCCUGUGACUGUUGCAGUGCAUCAUUUUCGCAGAAGUGUAACCUCAUUAGGCACAUGCGCAUCCACACCAGAGAGUGUCCCUUUUCCUGUGACCACUGCAUUGCGUCCUUUUCACAGAAACACCAGCUCGUGGACCACGUGUGUCGUCAUCAUGCAAAUAAGAAGCCAUUCCACUUGCAGACUAUCUGUGUCACAUGGUCUGUAUUGCCUUUCUCUUCUUCCUGUGGCUUUGCAGGUUCCUUGUCUUGCACAUCCCGUGAGCAGUACCAUUCACUCGCGUCUGUACAAGAUGGACAGCAUUCCUGCCGUCAGUGCACCUAUGUCACCAAGUUCAAGUCAUACAUGCAAAGACACCUUCGCAAACACACGGGCGAGCGUCCGUUCCAGUGCCACCUGUGUCCAGCUGCAUUCUUUCGAAACACCCAUCUCGCAGAGCACAUUCGCACCCACACAGGAGAGCGUCCCUUUUCCUGUGACCACUGCAAUGCAUCAUUCUCGCAAAAACAGAACCUCGUUACCCACAUGCGCACCCACACAGGAGAGCGUCCCUUCUCCUGUGACCACUGCAAUGCGUCAUUCUCGCACAAACAGCACCUUGUUGACCACUUGCGCACCCACACAGGAGAGCGUCCCUUUUCCUGUGACCAGUGCAAUGCGUCAUUUUCACAGAUAGCGCACCUCAAUAGGCACAUGCGCUGCCAUAUAGGAGAGCGUCCCUUUUCCUGUGGCCACUGCAAUGCAUCCUUUUCACGGAAACAGAAACUCCUGGAUCAUGUGACCCGUCAUCAUGCAAACAAGAAGCCAUAAAAAAUUCCUCGUCCUUGGAAUUGCUGAAGCAGUACUGUUCACUCGUGCCCUUACAAAGCUGACUGCAUUUCCGCCAGCAGUGCUCCUAUGUGAGCAAGUACGAGACAUACAUAAAAGCACAGCUUCAUUUCCACUUAAGUGAACGCCGCUUGCAGUGCCACCGGUGUCCCUCUGCAUUCACUCAGAAGUGCGAUCUCGCAAAGCACAUUCGUACCCACCCAGGAGAGCAUCCCUUUCCCUGUGUCCACUGCACACUUUAUGCACAAAGUGCGCCUCAGAAACCACAUGCACAUGGGGCAAUAAUUAUAUGAGUAAAAUUAGGGACACACAAGAACGCAA